AUGCGUUCCGUUCCAUUAGUUUUGAAUGGUUUGUGUUUGCUUGCCACCGGUGCUCUUGGUGGCUUAGUUAACUUCUUCCCUGCUCCUCCAUCCAAUAACAAACCUAUUCCAGGUGGUUCUCCCGUUUCUCAAUGUGAUGUGAGUGAAUCACAGUUGUUAGAGCUCUCUAGUUUGCAUUUGACCCCUAAUCCUCCAGUUCGUGGUAAGAAUGUGACGAUUACUGCUGUUGGGGAUUUGCUAGACGAAGUAGAUGAAGGUGCCUACGUUGAUGUAGAGGUUCGUUUGGGUUACAUCAAGCUUUUGACCCAGACUUUUGACCUGUGCGAAACUUUGGAGGAUAAUGAUGUCGGGGGAUUGACCUGUCCGCUUUCUGCUGGCCAUUAUAGCGUGCAGAAGGAAGUUGAGAUCCCAGCUGAAGUUCCUCCAGGAAAGUAUGUUGUUCUAGCUAGAGCUUACAAUGUCGACGACGAGUUGAUCACCUGCUUGACCGGCGAAAUAGUCUUUCCAUCCACUGGUGGGGCCCAACUCUCGAAACUUCGCCACAAACUGUACUAG